AUGCUUGGACUCGAGCCAAAAUGGGCAGCAACAGAGAAUACGGACAAGGAGAUCCAUGCUCGGGUUAUCGAUGGUGUUCGAUGGGCGUUGAAGAAUCGUGAUUGCUCGAACCCCCACGAUAAAUCUUUCUCCCUGCAAGGGGUUCUCAACAUCUGUCAGGUUGUCCAGCAAACACCAGACUACACACGCCCUCUAGCCGACACAUAUCGCAUACUCAUGGAAGACCUAAUAUCCUGGGGUCCUCAGUCACUCAUCAUGCUGCUUGACGCUGGGCCAUAUAUAUCCUCAGCUCCGUCUUGGGUCCCAGAUUGGACCGGGAGCGGUCCUAGCGAGUGGCUUGUGUCCCUAUAUCGAACUGGUAUGGCACCGACUGCGGCAUAUCUUAGGCCAUUUUCAGAUAUCCAAGUUGUCAACAACUCCAUCCUCCGACUGAAAGGGAAAUCCAUCGGCACGAUCAAGUACUUCAUAGACAUGACAAUGCCCACUACCAGUCCGAAAGACCAGCAGCUCUCGGCACUGUUCCGACUCGCAGAAUUCCUCGCCCAUAUAAACAAUGAAAGUUUUCGGCCUUGA